AUGCCUUCCGGGAGCCUCGUCCUGCGAGCGUCGGCUCUGGGUGCCCUCGCCGCCGCGGGCCUCGUCGAUGGCGCCUCCCUCAAGGACAUCAAGCACGUCGUCCUCUUCAUGCAGGAGAAUCGAGCGUUCGACCACUACUUUGGCACCAUGGCCGGCGUGAGAGGCUUCGGCGACCCCAACGUCCAGGUCAACCCCGAUGGCCGCUCCGUAUUCGAGCAACCCCUGUACCUCCCUCGAAACGGCGUCAAGGUCCUCAAGCCGUGGCACAUCAACCACCUCGGCGGCGAGUGGGUGAACGCCUCCCAGUGCAUGGGCGCCGGCGACAACGGCUGGGCCGCCAUGCACUCGGCCUACGCCGGCGGCCUCGGCAACAACUGGAACUACGCCGACGGCGGCUACAGCAUGGGCUAUUACAAGCGCGAGGACGUGCCGGCGCACUUUGACAUCGCCGAGGGCUGGACCCUCCUCGACAUGUCGACGCAAAGCAUACUGGCCGCGACGGACCCGAACCGGAUCCAGUGGAUGAGCGGCACCAUCAACGUGCCGGGCUCCCCCACCAACCCCGAGGGCAAGGGCUCCGUCAUCAUCGACAACUCGGCCUCCCCAGGCUGCGAGGCCCCCGGCCUCAACUGCUUCCCCUUUCUGUGGAAGACGUUCCCCGAGUACCUCGAGGAGGCGGGCAUCUCCUGGCAGGUGUGGCAGGAUCUCGACAACUUCGAGGACAACAUGCUCGCCUACUUUGAGCAGUACCAGCUGGCGGCCAAGGACUCGCCCCUGCGGACCAAGGGCAACUCGUACCCGGGGUUCGCCGCCUUCUACGAGAGCGCCGCCAAGGGCACGCUGCCGCAGGUGAGCUGGAUCGUCGGCCCGCAGGAGCUCGCCGAGCACCCUCCCAACCGGCCCGUCGACGGCGCCUGGUUCCAGAAAAAGGUCAUCGACGCCAUCACGAGCAGCCCGGCGUACAACGAAACGGUGCUCAUCAUCAGCUACGACGAACAGGGAGGCUGGGCGGACCACGUCGUCCCUCAGCCGGCCGCCAUGGACACGCCGGGCGAGUGGAUGGAGGAUCCGUACAACGAGCUGGGCUGCGUCCCCGUCGGACCCGGUUGGCGCAUACCGCGCUACAUCAUCUCGCCCUACACGCGCGGCGGCAACGUCUUCACCGAGCGCGCCGACCACAGCUCCGACAUUCUGUUCCUCGAGGCCUGGGCCGCCGCGCACGGCUACGAGGGCGUCCGCAGCAAGGAGCUGACGCAGUGGCGACGCGACCACAUGUCGAAUCUCGUAAACGCCCUUGACUUUCGCAACCCCGAUUACUCGUUGCCGUCGAUCCACCAGGCACCGACGCCCGAAAGCCUUCCGGAUGAGCCGUCGCGGUACACGGGCAACCUGACGCUCGGCUCCCUCACGGGCCCGUGGGUCGGGCCCGCGAGGUGCCUCUCCGACUACAAGAUGGCCCAACCCCCGAUCCCGUACGGGCCGGACAACGCCAACCAGGACAUGGCCGCCCUCGUCGAGGAGGGCUUCAAGCCGGUCCGAGGCCAGCUCACCGAGGGCCGCUACCUGACGUUUGAGACGCGCGGCCACGCGCUCUCCAACCGCAACGGGCAGUGGGUGGACAUUACGCCCGCGACGGACAAGCACGAGCGGAUGGAGCAUCGCUGGAUCAUCCACGCCGUCGACGGCUCGCCCGAGACGUUUCACGUGCAGUCGGCGCAGGACAAGAAGUACAUUGCCGGCUUCCCCGUGGUCGGCAACCUCACGACGGACGUGGCGCAGGCGCAGGCCUUUACCAUCUCGUACAACCCGCCGGACGGCAUGUACAGCAUCAAGGUCGGGUCGAAGCAGCACAGCUUCGUCUCGGUCAAGUCGCAGAACCGCAUCGCCAACAGCUACUCGCCCGUGCAGUGGGGGGCCGGCCUCGGAUGGUUCCAGGUCUUUAGCGUGUCGUACCACACGUGA